AUGGUGAAGAUCACGUUUCAGGCCGUGACGGCGCAGAAGCCCGAGAAAGACACCGAUGAAGACAAGAUCGUGAUCCCGCAGGCUGACGAACACUUGACACUUCCUGUGAGGUCCAAGAGGUCUUUACCAACUGGGCUCUGCUUCCUUGCAUUUUGUCUACUUGUUGUCUUGUUGGGAUUGAUACUUGCUUCAGUGUAUGUUUAUCGUCACAACUUCACCUCUCAGAUGCCUGAAGACAGCUUGUUUCACUGUCGAAUUGUCUACGAAGAGUCGAUCUUUGCUCCUCUCCGAGGUCGGCAGGAGCUUGAAGAGAAUGUUGGAAUCUAUCUUGAAGACAACUACGAGCAGAUCAGUGUUCCUGUGCCCCACUUUGGAGGCUGCGAUCCUGCUGAUAUUAUUCAUGACUUUCACAGAGGACUCACAGCUUACUAUGACAUUGCCCUGGACAAGUGCUACAUCACCGAGCUGAAUACUACAUUGGUCAUGCCUCCACGGAGUCUUUGGGAGCUGCUAAUUAAUGUGAAGAGAGGGACAUACCUUCCUCAGACCUACAUGAUCCAUGAGGAGAUGGUUGUGACCGGGAGGGUGAGGAGCAUGAGGCCGCUCGGCCCUUACAUCCACAAGCUCUGCUUUGGGAAAGAGACGUACCGCCUUCGACGCCGAAGUCACAGACGUAUUGAGAGGCGUGAGACACAGAAGUGCCACAGCAUUCGUCACUUCGAGAACACUUUUGUGGUUGAGACUCAAAUCUGUGAAAGGAUGUAA